AUGGUGUGUGUGAGACGUCAGUUGGUGUGUGUGACGUCAGUUGGUCUGUGUGUGAAGUCAGUGGGUGUGUGUUGUGACGUAAGUUGGGUGUGUGACGUCACAGUUGUUGGUGUGUGUGACGUCAGUGUGUGUUGUGACGUUCAGUUGGUGUGUGGUGUGAGUCAGUUGGUGUGUGUGAGUCAGUGGGUUGGGGGUGGUGUGGAGUCAGUUGGUGUGUGUGACGGUCAGGUGGUGUGUGUGACUUGGUGUGUGUUGACGUCAGUUGGUGUUUGUGACGUCAGUUGGUGUGUCUGUGAGUUCAGUUUGGUGUUUGUGACGUCAGUUGGUGUGUGUGACUUGGUGUGUGUGCGUCAGUUGGUGAGUGUGACGUCAGUUGGUGUGACGUCAGGUUGGUGUGUUGUGACGUCAGUUGGUGUGUGUGCCGUCAGUUGGUGUUUGUGA